AUGGAAGUAUACAUCGACGACAUGUUAGUCAAAUCACUCAAGGAGGAAGACCGCAUCGCGCAUCUACGGAAAUGCUUCGAACAAUUGAACAAGCACAACAUGAAACUAAACCCGGCGAAGUGCAGGUUUGCGGUCACCUCAGGAGAAUUUCUCGGCUAUCUGGUUACUCAUCGAGGCAUAGAAGCAAACCCCAAGCAGAUCAAGGCGUUAAUUGAGAUGCCCUCUCCAAGGACGAAGCGCGAAGUGCAAAGGCUCACAGGAAGAGUCGCCGCGCUAAACAGGUUUAUUUCCCGUUCCACAGAUAAAUGCUUGCCCUUCUACGACACCCUCCGAGGAAACAAGAAAUUUGAGUGGGACGAACGAUGCAAGACGGCUUUCCAGGAAUUGAAGAAUUAUCUGGCGAGCCCACCAAUCUUAGCAAAACCAGUCGAAGGAGAGCCGCUCUUCCUCUACAUCGCAGUGUCUGCUACAGCUGUAAGCGGAGUGCUUAUCAGAGAAGAACGAUCCGAGCAAAAACCCAUUUUCUACAUCAGCCAGACACUGACCGACGCCAAGACCCGCUACCCCCAGAUCGUGAAGGUCGCCUUAGCCGUCGUAGUCUCGGCUCGCAAACUGCACCCAUACUUUCAAUCACAUUCGAUUGUUGUGCUCGCUACGCUUCCGGUGCGCUCGAUCUUACACAGCCCUAGCCAAUCCGUUCGGCUCGCCAAGUGGGCCAUAGAGCUAAGCGAAUACGACAUCGAGUAUCGGAACAGCAACAAACGAGCCGACUCUAGACGAAGUGUGGACGCUGCACGUCGGUUGUCGUCUAAACACGGCUCGGGAAUAGGAAUCCGCCUCACCUCUCCCACCGAAGAAAUAUUGGAGCAGUCUUUCCGCCUGAACUUCCACGCCUCGAACAACGAGGCGGAAUACGAAGCACUGAUCGCCGGCAUACGACUAGCGCAGGGAAUCGGAGUCCGAAAGAUAAGAACCUUUUGCGAUUCACAGCUUGUAGCAUGUCAGUUCAACGGAGAAUACGAGGCGAAGGAUGGACGAAUGGGAGCUUACCUCAAGGUGGUCCGAGAGUUGGUGCAAAAGUUUGACGAGUUCGAACUCACGCAUAUUCCCCGAGGAGAAAACACCUCGGCCGACGCCUUGGCAGCACUCGCUUCGACCUCGGACCCAGACCUCCGACGGACGAUCCUAGUCGAAUUCAUCGAACGUCCUAGCAUCGAAGAGGUGGAAGGAGUUCGGCUGAUAAAUCCUCCCGAACAAGAACCAGAGGACGACGAAGCCAUUCCUAUGGACGAAGACGCCUCACCGGCCGAACCGGAGUACGGCUGCGACAAAGAAUGGCUCGGAGCUAUCCGAGUGUAUAUCGCCGAUGGAGAGGUGCCGACCGACAAAUGGGAAGCCCGCAAACUAAAAUCUCAGGCUGCGCGAUAUCCUCAAGGGAACGGGCAAGCCGAAGCAGCCAACAAGACGAUCCUCGACGGUCUGAAAAAAAGGCUCGACGCCAAGAAAGGACGUUGGGCAGACGAACUCGAAGGCGUCCUUUGGUCUCAUCGGACAACUCCGCGCCGAGCCACCGGGAAACUCCAUUCGCUUUGGUCUACGGAUCGGAGUGCAUAA